AUUUCUUACGUACAAAUCAAACUUGAUGAGGAGGUCUGACCUUGGGAUUUCUGAAACCCAACGCCACAAAAACCCCUCAAAAACAACACUUCAAGUCUUCAAACACAAACAAGAACCCUCCCAAUACCAAUUCCCAACCGGCUAACACCUAGAUUUAAGGCCACAUUACACCUUUACAACCUCUAUAAAUGGAGACACCAUGCAUGCACUUCCACAACACCAUCCACAAAACUAAUUCAUACACAUCUGCUACCAUCAACAUCCCAAUCACAACCCAUGGCUCGCCUGCUUUUGUCAGCCCUCGUCCUUCUUACGGUGGCCUUGUCUGAGGGGGCACCCAAUAAACCUAAGAAGGUCAAGUGCAACGACAAGAAUUUCCCUGCCUGUUUCCAUAAGGAUCUUUAUUGCCCCGAUGCUUGCCCGCAGCACUGUACAGCCAACUGCACGACGUGCCAGCCAGUCUGCGUCCCACCACCACAUCCUCCUAAACCGCGUAAGGUCAAGUGUAAAGAUAAGAACUACAAGAAAACAUGCAAUAAGCAACUCUAUUGCCCUGCUGCCUGCCCACAAACAUGUAUAGCCGAUUGUCCUACGUGCCAGGCGGUUUGUCCAUCACCGAGUUACAGCCCUCCUCCCCCAGUAGUUACUCCUAGCCCACCAGCCACUGCUCCUACCCCACCUCCACCAACAAAUUCCACCCCAUCAUGGCCUCCUAGCCCGAGUUACACCCCGCCACCAGCUACUCCUAGCCCUCCUCCUGAUAGUUCUGAGGCUGCUGGAGGGAAAAGAGUCCGUUGCAAAAACAGGUCAUACCCCAGCUGCUACUACAGGGAGCAUCGUUGUCCAGCUGCUUGUCCUAAUCGUUGUGAGGUUGAUUGUGUCACCUGCAGUCCUGUGUGCGACUGCAAUAAGCCUGGAGCAGUAUGUCAAGACCCCAGAUUCAUUGGCGCUGAUGGGAUCACUUUCUACUUCCACGGCAAAAAGGACAGAGACUUCUGCAUAGUUUCUGACACCAACCUGCAUAUCAAUGCUCACUUCAUUGGGAGGAGAAAUGAAAACAUGGGAAGGGACUUUACUUGGGUUCAAUCUCUUGGAAUCCUGUUCGGCAACCAUCAAAUCUUUGUUGGUGCCAAGAAGACAGCUACCUGGGACAAUGCUGUCGAUCGGCUAGAGCUCUCGUUUGAUGGACUUCCCAUCUACCUUGUUGAGGGAGAAGGAAGAAAGUGGCAACCGACCUCAGAGCCUGGCAUAACCAUCACAAGGUCCCGUGACACUAAUGCAGUGGUGAUUGAAGUGGAAGGCAACUUCCAGAUCAAAGCAGCAAUUGUGCCCAUCACAGCAGAAGACUCAAGAAUUCACAAGUAUGGCAUCACAGACGAAGAUUGCUUUGCUCACCUUGAUUUGGGGUUCAAGUUUUAUUCAUUGAGUGGUGAAGUGAAUGGAGUUUUGGGUCAAACAUAUGCAAGCAACUACGUCAGUAGGGUGAAGAUGGGAGUGGACAUGCCGGUUUUGGGCGGACGGAGAGAAUUUGCUUCUUCAGGUCUCUUCUCCACAGACUGUGCCGUUGCCAGGUUCAAGGGAACACAAUUGAGUUCUGCAAACAAUUUCCAGUAUUCAAACUUGCACUGUGCAAGUGGUCUUGAUGGCCGUGGAGUGGUGUGCAAGAGAUAAAUCUGUUUUCGCUCAAAUGUCUGCAGCAUUUGUGCGAGAUUAUUGCAUUGUUCUUGUUUCAUAAACAUUAAUGUAAUAAGGGUAAGGUGUUCUAAAGUUGAAACUUCUGCCCAGAUAAAGUAUUUAUUUUAUUAAUUCUAUCACAAAAUAAGCUUCU